GAAUAUAUGAGAGAUUAUCUUAUACUAUUUUUCUUCUCUUUUCCUUUUUUUUUCCUUUUUUCUUUUUUUUUAUUUAUCGUACCAAAUCAAAUACCGUAUCAUACAUCAUUUAUUAAUAAUAAUCGCAAUAUGAAGGGAUCGAAAUAUAUGAAGGGAUAAUAAUGAGUAUAAGCUCUUAUAUGAUAUAUUAUCAAUGAUCACAAUUUUUCGGAAUUUUCAAAUAUAUAUAUAUAAAUAUAUAGAUUUUAUCCACGAACUUUAAUACAGAUUUAAACGAAAGAAGGUAUAAGGGGAUUCAAAGUCCAAAAGUUUUCAUUCUACACAGUUACGCCAAUGUUGCUACGAAACGGUCACUAGCAACCCUAUAACCGGGAGGAGGAAGAAAGGAGAAAGGGCCUGAUACAUGAGAGAGAAAGAAAAAGAGAGAGAGAGAGAGGUGAAAGCUGGAAGAAGUAGGGAGGCGGUAACAGAGAAAGAGAGAGAAGAAGGCGAAAAAAGUGAUGUGGUAGUGGCAAAGAAGGAGGAAAAGGAGGAGGAGGAGGAGGAGGAAGAGGUGGUAAUGUUGAAGAAGGUGGUAGUGGUGGAGGAGGAGGAGGAGGAGGAGGAAAAGAAGGAUAGGAGACACAUUAAGAAGGGGAGAAAGAAGUCUAGCAGCUAGCGAACUAACGGGGCUCAUAGCUAGUUCGUUCUCGUAUUCGUUUAUUUCUUGUUGUUUUUUUAGAUAGCCCGGUGCAUCAUUUGUCUAUUUCUUUCAUUUUACAUUUAAGAUCCAAGAAAAUCUCCCUCUCCGAUGAAGUCUCUCUCUCUCUCUCUCUCUCUCUCACACUCUCUGUCUCCUUUGUAACAUAUAUUAUAACUACUAUAUAAAAAUCCAUGAGUAUCUAUUUACAAUGAUAUUGCCAUAAAGUAUUGUUAUUAGUAUCAAUACUUUUAUCAACUUAAAUUACAUCGAAUUUCAAAUCACUUAUAUUUAUUACAUACUAAAUUUGAUUGAUCUUAUAUUAAUAAAAGGAAAAGGAAAAGAAAAAUGGCAAAAGUAAUAUAUUUGUAACAAUUCUUAUCCUUCUAUUAUUCCAUUAACUUUACAUUUAAUUUAGCUUGUCGUCAUUAAUUUCGUCUAAAAUUUGAUACAAUAAAAGGUAUCUCUCCCUCUUUUCUCUUCAUAUAUAUAAAAAAAAAUAUAUAUAUGUAUAUAUGUACAUACCCCCACACUUAGUUACCAUCACCCUAUCUCCCAAUCCAUCUAUCUAUCUCUAUUUCUAUCUGCGUUCAUAAGUCGCGCUGUUAGGGGGUGGUAGUGGGGCUAUGAGAGGGUGACUCGCAUUGCGUAUGUUACACGUCAUCGUCGAGAACGUUGCAGUUAAGAUAGACAGAAACAGUGAUAGAGAGAGGGAAAAAGAGGGGGGUGGGAGGGAUGGAGGGAGGGAAACCGAGGAAAAGAGAGGGGGAGGGAGGUGUGGCACGAAGGGUGGCCGAACUGGGAAGAAAACGUUCAUGGAAAAAAAUGCAUACCAGCAGCAGCGGCGACUCUUACGACGACGACAACGACAACGACAACGACGAUGACGACGAUGACGACGAUGACGACGAUGAUGACCGACGAUGACGACGACAACGACGACACGAAGAUUGUUACGACGAUACAGACGGAGUUUGUUUACAUGUGUACGUGCUCGUGCGCAUGCUCGUGUUUUUUACUAGUAGUAGUAAUAAUAAUAGUGUGGUGGUAAUAGUAGUAGUAGUAGUGUAGUAAUGGUAAUAGUAGUAGUAAUAGUAAUAGUGUAGUAGUACUACGUGUCGUCAAACGAACGACUAGGGCGAGGUAGAGGGUCGGUGUAUUGGCCAAGUAGUGGGGGCAGGGGUUAAGAGGGGGAGGGGGAAAGAACGAGAGUGCAAGAAAGAUAGCGAUAGAUAGAGAUAGAACGAAAGGAGGAAGGGACACGGGCUAGCCCUGCCCAUAUGAAAGAGAGUAAAAGAGAUAGGAGAUAUGUAUAUAAUGGUAGAAAGAGAGAAAGCUAAACUGCUUUCCAUCCCCCAGAACGCAUCCUACGUAAGCCGGAGCUGUGUUAGCUCUUCAUCGUGGGUUCAGUCUCUCUAAAUGUGGCAUAUCAACGUGGUUACUUUUAUUCGCGCUCUCGAUCGAAACCGGGAAAAACUUACAAUGAAAGCGAUUGUCGUAAUGUGAAAUUUACCGACGCUACGAACGCGUCGUCGUCCGUCGUCGUCGUCGUCGUCGUGGUCGUCGUCGUCAUCGUCGUGUCGUCGUCGUCGUUGUCGUCGUCGUGUGUCGUGUGUCGUCGUCCGUCGUAUUUCAAAAUACAUAUACAUAAACACACACACACACACAUACAUAUAAUAUUUUCGUUCGACGUUCAUUCGUUCUUUACGAAAAGAAUUUUCUUUUUUUUUUCUUUCACUUAGAGAAUCUUGUUUGGCUGGAUGAAAGAUCGUGUUCAACUGAUAAGAAGACUCGCUCGUUUGAUCGGUGCAUAUACAAAAUUAGAAUGGCGAGCGCAUCGCAACAAUAUUGUCUCCGUUGGAACAACCACCGAUCGAACUUGCUUACUGUCUUUGACGAACUUCUACAAAAUGAGGCAUUCACCGACGUUACCUUGGCUGUGGACGGUGGUCUCUCUGUAAAGUGUCACAAAAUGGUCCUAGCAGCUUGUUCAUCAUAUUUCCAGACGCUUUUUAUCGAUCUACCAUGUAAACAUCCAAUCGUAGUACUCAAAGAUGUGAAAUAUUGUGAGAUCAAGGCAAUAUUAGAAUACAUGUAUCGUGGAGAGGUAAAUGUCGCCCAGGAACAACUCGCUGGUUUAUUAAAAGUUGCUGAAGUUUUAAAAGUCAAGGGUCUUGUUGAGGAAAAUGGUUCAUCUCAUGAACAACGAAACGAAGAACUCGAAACGUCGAUGUCACCACCACCAGCGAUCAGCACUAGCACAACCAACAGUAUUGCGCAUAGCAGUGGCCAUAUUUCACCACCCCAUUCAACCGGAAGUUCUUAUAAUCCAUACGGUAAAUCAUCUACGAUGCCAAUUGAUAGAGGAUGUAUGUCCUUACCGAUGUGGGCAUUGUCAGGACUACCACUUCCACAACAUGCGACUUCCAGUCAUCAGGCAAGCUCUCAAUCACAUUCGCAACAUUCCACUAUCGUGGGUACUUCUUACGACAACGGUUUCGAAACGUCAUCGCCCAUAAAUCCAAAACGAAAAAAAUAUUGUACAUCAAAUGUCAUGAUGAAUCGAGACACGCCGAUAUUGCGAACAGUUUUGGGUCAAGGGCAUGCUGAUAGUUCACAGAACAUGACCCUUAUGCCACCAGAUAGUCAUGAUAAUAACUUCCGUACUAAUGCCAAUGGAUCGUCAACUGAAAAUUCCAGACGAGAUAGCAGCGAUCUUCCCAAUUCUGAACCAGUUCAUAGUCCUUACACCGACGUUUCCAUGAUAGACGAAGAAGACAAACAACCAUCACCUCAACCCUACGUCGAUACUAACGCAGGUACUGACGUAUCUAAUCCAAUUGUAGGUGUGGUUAGUUACAUCACAACCCAGAAGCCCGAAUGGAAACGUUAUAAACAAUAUACACGGCACGACAUCAUGUCAGCAAUCGAGGCAGUAAGAUCAGGAAUGAGUGCAUUACAAGCGGCGAGAAAGUACGGUGUCCCAUCGCGUACACUUUACGAUAAAGUAAAAAAACUUGGUAUCACGACCUCCCGACCUUUUAAGCGCGGUUCGAACGGUGCUGGAGGAGCUUGUUUUCCCUAUGGUAUCGGUGGAAACGCAAACGGCAGCAUUUAUGGUAUCAACAGUAGUACUCUAUCGGAAAGUGAAAAUGAAAACAGCAACGCCCUAUACGAGAGUUCUUCCACCAUUUUGGAAACGAAUUACGUUAAGAGCAGGGAUACCUCGACUGAACGUGAAUCCAACAUGGAAACUGGUCAAUCUAGUCCAACUUCAGGACUUCAUUUGAUCAAAGAAGAACCUCAACAAAGGAACGACGAUCAGGUUGAGGAUCUUUCGGUAAAUCGUAAGUCGGAUAUACGAGUAAUAAUACCACCAUCGUCGAACAUCAAAGAGGAAGAUGAUAUUUCCGAUAAUUCUAAUCGUAAUUGAUAAUUAUCAUGAAAUUAAAAAGAUACGACGAUGCUGAUUCUACACACGUAGGGUGAUAUACUCUAAAAAAAAACCUCAGUAGUAGAUAUCGAUAGAAGUAAUAUACGAGUAAGUUAAAAUGAAUACUUUCAAAUCUAACCAGAUGUCUCCUGAUUAGCUUCGAGACUCAAAAGUAUGGACCAUAUUCUUACAUAACGUAAAAUAUUCAACAAUAUUUCCAAGAAAAAUAUUUUCUUUGUUAAAAUAUUUUCUUUGUUGAAAAGCCAAUAUAAUAUUAGUGGCCUUACGUAUGUUAUUCUACGACGGAUUUUUUCGAAUGUGUUGAAAGGAGAAAAAGAUAAAAAAAAAGAAAAAGAAAAAAAAACAGUGAAAAAAAAAAGAGUAAAAGAAAAAGAUUAUAAAAGUAUCGUUGUAAUAAAGGGUAUAGUAAAUAUUUAGUGCCGAACACGUUAUGAAAAAGACUCAAAAUUAUAUUCCUCGUAUCUUUGACGAUCUCAUUGUUAAAUGAGUCUUUUAACGAAUGGUAUCUAAAUAUUGAUUAAUUAUGUUUACUUUCAGCACAUCGAUUAUCUCAUUAAUUGCUCAGGGAACAAUUAGCUUAAGCUCUUCUCGUAGGAUUAUGAUAAACGACGUUUUCGUUUCCUCAAUUUUGCGUAAAUGCCUUAAAAAAGACAUUUGCUUAUAAUAAUUAAAAUUCCGCGAAUGUCGUUUAUAUAUAAUUAAGACUCGAGACUUAACGAGGCUAACUCGUUAAUCUACAAUAAGACUGAAUGCGCGUCGUUGAUCCAAGAGACUGAACGUGUAUUUAACACAUGUGUUCAAAAAUUGUUAAAGGCUUAUUAAUGCUCUUGAGAUUUCUUAAACAUAAUCUACCUCAUCAAAGAAUGAUAACUAUGUAUAGUAUCUUUGAUAUAUAUUUCUUUUUUUUCCCUUACUUAUUGUAUAAAUGAGAAAGAAGAAAAAAAAAAGAAGAAGUAAGGGAACAGAAGAAAAGAAAAGAAAAAGAAGAAACAAAAGCAAAAUAGAAAAGUAAGAGAUUUAAAAAAAAAAAGAAACCGUCCCACUGGAUAUACUGGGAAGAAAGAUUCGGAAGAAUUAGCAUACUGCAUUUUUUAUUAACGUUUUCUUUUUAUUUUCUUUCUUUCUUUUUUUUUCUUCGUUUUUUUUUUCAAUGAAUAAAGUACAAGAAAAUGCAACAUAGAAAUUUUAGAGUUAUAUUAGCAAAUAUACAACGAGUUCUCUCUCUCUCUCUCUCUCUCUCUUUAUUUAUCUAUCUAUCUUUUUCUGUCUCUCUUUCUCUCUUCCUCUCUUUCUUUCUUUCUUUCUUUCUUUCUUUCUUUCUUUCUUUCUUUCUCUCUCUCUAUUGUCGCGAUAUGAAAGUUAAUAUAAUCAAGUAUAACCACGAGCCACUAUUAAAUGGGACGAUGAUAAUAUUAAUAAUAAGAGUAUGAAUAUAAGAAAAAGCAGAGGCAUAGGACAGAAAUAUUUAAUAUCGCCGAAAGUUUUUAACAUUUAACGGGGUAAAAGUUUUAUUGAGUUACAUAAGCUUUAAAAGCUUUUGAGCCAGUGAUUGUUUUUAAAAAAUAAAUGAGUAUUCAAAUUAUAUAUAUAUUAUAUAUAUAUUAUAUAUUUUUAAUAUUGUGAUUCAAUUUUAAUUUGCAAUCGUUAAAUAAUGAAUAAAUGCUAUCCUAAUAAGAGAGAGAAACGUACGGUAUAAGAGUAAAACAAGAUAUUCAUAAAUUUUUGGAUAAGAAAUUAUAUAUUAUUUUUCAUCGUUUUCUUAUUUACUUUUUUUUUUUUUUAUCAUAGAUAUAUAUUUUUACGUAGAGUGAAAGGCUCUUAUAAAUAUAGCACAUAUAUAAGUAUAUAUAUACAUAUAUAUGUAUAUAUAUAUAUAAAUAUAAAUAUAAAUAUAUAUAUAUUUAUUUGUUUAUAUAUAUACAUAUAUAAAGGUUGCGUCUAAUAACACGAUAAUUAAUUAUAAGUUCUUUAUCAACGAUCGAGAAGUCAGGAGUCAAUAUUUUUCUUUUUUUACAUUUUUUUUUCCAUCAUUCUAGUCACUCUGCUGAAAAAAUCAUUUCAACUUUGUCUUCGUAUAAUAAUGAAGAAAAAGGAGAAGUAGAAGAAGAAGAAAAGAAAAGAAAAGAAAAUAUUGCCAUAAAUUAUUAAUCCAUGCAACGAUCAUCAAACAGUUUCUUUCGAUCUAAAAAUUAAAGAAUUUAUUGUAUAAUUAUUGUGUUUCACGAUACACACCCUAUAUAUAUAUAUAUGUAUAUAUAUACAUACAUACACACACAUAUAUAUAUGUAUGUAUGUAUAUAUAUAUAUAUUUGUAUAUAUAUAUAUAUGAUUAGUAGACUUUGAAUUAAUUUCGUUAACGACUGACAUAGAACUGUUAAUUUUGUUAGUUAGUAUAAGGUAUUUUGCUAUUGUUACUGAUCAUGGCCCUGGGAUACAGCUGCAAUAUUGUUCAAUACAUAUCUAUGUUAUAACAUUAGCAGAACUAUCUACCUCAUGAUAUAAUGAACAAUAAUAAUGUUCGAUUACUGAAAGACUGAAAUGCCGAUUAUCCAUGUUAUCAUCUUGAUGAAACUUAUUUGCAAAGCAUUCAUAAUAUAUAAAUAUAUGCGUCAUAUGCGCCAAAUCAUAACAAGAAUACAAAAAUUUUAUUAUAUUAAUUAGAAAUAUAGUAUGUAUAUAUAUAUGUAUAUAUAUAUGUAUAUAUAUAUGUAUAUAUAUAUAUAUACAUAUUAUUUUAUAUUAUAUAUUAUGUUAUAUUUAAUAGAGAUACGGGUUUUGAUGAUAGCAAUCUUACAUAUAAUACGAUUAAGAGAGCUUUGUGCUUUGCCUUUAAUUAAGUGGUCUAAUGUCUGGAUUUUAUAAUGCAUCAUGUACUAUUAUGAAAACAAAAAAAAAAGAAAAAAAAAUUUAUAUUUAGGAAUAUGUUCGGAACAAGUUGUAAUCGUAAUCGUUUUUAUUCAAUUGGCAUGUCUACAUUUCGCACUUUCAAAUCAUUGCUAAAUAAUUGUGUGUUUCAUUACUUUUAUGUUGUGACAAAAGUGAUUAUUUAAGAUGAUACAUUUGUAUGCACGUUAUAAUUAAUUAACCACACUGGAUUUCCUUAAGUAAAAAAAUAAAUGCAUAAAAGUAUGUGUAUAUAAUAGUAAAGAAAGAAAAAAAAAUAAGAAAAAAAGAAACAUUGAAAUUGUUCG